CGGGAGCACCAGGAAAUCCAUGAGGCUCACGCGUCCGCCCUCGCAAGCGAAUUCGAGCCUUCGUCAGAAUACCGGGUGCACUGGAGGACACUGGCAGCAAUCUUUGCCCUGGCUAUGGGGAAUGUGUGUGCUGCUAUAUCGAACACAACAAACACCGUCAUACGCUCCGAGAUUGCCAGUCUCGGCGAUUCAGCCGCGUCGUCAUGGAUUGCCAAUGCCAACUUUCUCCUUACCCUCGCUUUUGGGCCUAUUUUUGGAUUUCUCAGUGACAGGUUUGGCAAGAAAUGGUUCAUCGUCUCGGCAGCGGCAAUAGGUGUUGUUGGGGCCGUGGUCGCUGGAUCCGCGAAAAGCACCAUGACAAUCAUCGCCGGACAGGUGUUGACCGGUCUCGCAAAUGCUGGCUGCAUCAUCGGUGUUCCCACUGCACUCGAAGUGUCCCCGAACAAACAUCGCCCCAAGGUUCAAGGUUUCGUCAUGACUUUGGCCUCCAUUGCUGUCGUAGCCGGCACUCUGGCAGCAGGAGACUUUGUUAAGAAAUACAAUCAGGGUUGGCGCUGGUCGUACUAUCUGAAUGCGUGCGUCUAUGGCUGCACGAGUCUACUUGUUCUGGUCUUUUACCACCCGCCUCCCACCGGUCUCCGCCGCCAGAACUCGAGCGCGCGCAGCUUCUUGGCCAAGGUCGACUACAUCGGCAUUGUAAUCUUCACAGGGUCUCUGGCCUCCCUGCUGAUUGCUCUUACGUGGGGCGGCACAACAUAUGCCUGGAACUCCAAGCAGGUUAUGGCGUCUCUCAUCGUCGGCUGUGUUGGGCUCAUUGGGUUUGGUCUAUACGAAGCAUACGGCACAUCUGAGGGAAUAUUUGACCACCGUCUCUUCGUCAACCGGAAUUUCCCCAUCCUUCUCUUCGUGUGUGCAAUUGAUGGAAUGCUGCUUCUCGGUGUCAAUGUUCUUCUGGCCCAGCAGAUUGCCAUCGUCUUCAACUCAGAUACACUGAAGGUGGCGGAGUAUCUGAUGCCGUACCUGGCCAUCUCCGCCUUUGGGUGCCUCCCAGCAGGAUAUAUCAUGAGCAAACUUCAGCGGUACAGGCUGCUUCUCGUCAUUGCACUAGCAUGGUGCAGUCUAUUCACAGGCCUGAUGGCGUUGCUGAACCCAAACCGCCUCAACUGGCUCUUUGCAUUCUCUGCUCUCUUCGGCGCUGGAACCGCCGUCACUACAGUUAUUCCUGUUGCUGCACUGUCGCUGUCCGUACCUUCAUUCCUGCUCGGCACAGCCGGCACCCUCAGCAUUUCCGCUCGCGCUUUUGGCGGCAUUAUCGGCAUCACGAUCUUCACAGCAAUCUACAACAACAAAAUGGACCAGGUUCUCCCUACCGACGUGGCAGCUGUCCUCGGCGCAGCCCAGCUCAACGAUGCGAACACCUAUUCUUGGAAGUAUGUGUGGAUCGCCAUCGCUGUUGUAGUUGCGGUGAAUGCUGUGGUGGCCUGUUUCUUGCGGCCUGUGAAAGACAGGAUGAAUGACCACAUCGAGUCUGCGUUGGAGGAUUCGGAGGUUAGGCAGAAGCAGAUCAUGGCCGCUGCGCAUUGAAGAGUAGUGUUCUCCAGUACAAUAGUACUAUGAU